AUGAGCAACACUAUACAGAUCCCAAUGGAGUUCCCUUACAAAGUCAUCGAUCCUAAUGGGGAUGUACUGCUUGUGCUGCGGCAACAGGCAGGCCGGAUCUAUGCAAACCUAGUCAGAAAUGGUGGAAACUUCCUCUCCCUUCUGCCUCUCACAACUAACAUAUCUUUCAUUCUAGACGGACUGCCUCUAGAUCAUUCGAUUCCAACAUCCGAUCUUACGCCCGAGCCUCAGCAAACUGUAGCCUCUCAAUUCGGUUCCUCGACAUCAACACUUGUCAACGAAUCCAUUCACACAGUCUCGAGUGAAGAUCUUCCAAAACUCAACAAUGACGGGCCUACAGACCAGACCCACCACUGCAUUCAAAUCCUUGUCUCGUCAAAACACCUUUGCUUCGCCUCGCGUCGCUUUCAGGAAGAGCUCUCACAGCUAGACACCAGAGCAGAACCGGCCGACCUGCUGCCUUGCAACCUUACGGACCUAGACGCCCUUUACAUCCUCCUCAACAUCUUGCAUUGCCGCAGUCGUCAAGUGCCCCGCCAAAUCAACCUAAACCUCCUUUGCAUGAUAGCGGAGUUGACCCAGCACUACGAUUGCCUCGAAGCCGUGGAGGCCUUUGCCAGGACUUGGCUUGAGAACCUCCACAACUGCUUUCCAACGUCUUGCUCGCAUGACCUAUCCCAGUGGAUGUUCAUUGCAUGGGCCUUUCGCCAUCAUGGCUUGUUUCGCCUGGUUACGGAAAUUGCACUGAGGGAGUCUACGGAGCCAAUAAGGACGAAAGGUCUAAGAAUCCCCGCGGGCCUGAUAAACCUCAUCAACAAAACCCGUCAAUACCGCAUCGAAGAGAUUGUCUUCUCUUUGUACGAGCGCAUGGAAUAUCUUCUCGAUCAUGAGUCGUGCUGUUCCGACUGCGAUCAGCUGAUGGUCGGGACACUCAUCCACCAGUUGAAGCCGCGCAACUUGUUCCCUCCACCCCAGGCUCCAUACAAGGGACUUAGCCUGAAUGCGGUGCUCAAGACAGUCAAUGAGUUGAAAGAGUCCCGGUGCAAGGAAUUGGUCCACGACAAGAUCGGAUGCUCAGGGGCAAAGUGUUGGCUAAUUCCGGAGACGCGGACCUUGCUAAAGAGGAUCGAUGCAGAGAUCGUGGGCUUGCGAUUGGGAGACUACUUGGUUGACUGA